AGUCUCCGGGGACUUUCCCAGGGAUGGGGCGGCCGAGCCCGGCCCCCAGCACUUCCUAGUCCCACUGCCCCCGCCCAGGAGCCCGAGGAGUGCCGGAGCCUGGCCCGGGCCGCCGCCCGGUCCCUGGACUCGGGGCUGGACGCAGCAAGCGGGGCGCUGUGUCCCCAAGCUCCCAGUCCUCGGCCAGGCGGGCACCACAGCAGGGGCUGAGCUACCCUCAUGGAAGGGAGAGGACCGUACCGGAUCUACGACCCUGGGGGCAGCGUGCCCUCAGGAGAGGCAUCCGCAGCUUUUGAGCGCCUAGUGAAGGAGAAUUCCCGGCUGAAGGAAAAAAUGCAAGGGAUAAAGAUGUUAGGGGAGCUUUUGGAAGAGUCGCAGAUGGAAGCGGCCAGGCUUCGGCAGAAGGCAGAGGAGCUGGUGAAGGACAAUGAGCUGCCCCCACCACCUUCUCCCUCCUUGGGCUCUUUCGACCCCCUGGCUGAGCUCACAGGAAAAGACUCAAAUGUCACAGCACCUCCCACUGCCCCUGCAUGCCCCAGUGACAAGCCAUCACCAGUCCAGAAGCCUCCAUCCAGUGGCACCUCCUCUGAAUUUGAAGUGGUCUCUGCUGAGGAGCAGAAUUCUCCGCCAGAGAGCAGCAGCCAUGCCAAUGUAAUGGCGCUGGGCCCCCUGCCCCACGAGGAUGGCAACCUGAUGCUGCACCUGCAGCGCCUGGAGACCACGCUGAGCGUUUGUGCGGAGGAGCCGGACCAUGGCCAGCUCUUCACCCACCUGGGCCGCAUGGCCCUGGAGUUCAACCGGCUGGCGUCCAAGGUGCACAAGAAUGAGCAGCGCACCUCCAUCCUGCAGACCCUGUGCGAGCAGCUUCGGAAGGAGAACGAGGCUCUGAAGGCCAAGCUGGACGAGGGCCUGGAACAGCGGGAUCAGGCUGCUGAGAGGUUACGGGAGGAAAACUUGGAGCUCAAGAAGUUGUUGAUGAGCAGUGGCAACAAAGAGGGUACCUCUGGGCAGCCAGGCUCACCGAAGAUGGAAGGGGCAGGCAAGAAGAUGGGGGCCGGGCAGCAGCAGGCUAGUGUGACGGCAGGUAAGGUCCCAGAGGUGGGGGCCUUGGGCGCAGCUGAGAAGAAGGUGAAGAUGCUGGAGCAGCAGCGCAGUGAGCUGCUCGAAGUGAACAAGCAGUGGGACCAGCAUUUCCGGUCUAUGAAGCAGCAGUACGAGCAGAAGAUCACUGAGCUGCGCCAGAAGCUGGCUGACCUGCAGAAGCAGGUGACUGACCUGGAGGCCGAGCGGGAGCAGAAGCAGCGUGACUUUGACCGCAAGCUCCUUCUGGCCAAGUCCAAGAUUGAAAUGGAGGAGACCGACAAGGAACAGCUGACAGCAGAGGCCAAGGAGCUGCGCCAAAAGGUCAAGUACCUACAGGAUCAGCUGAGCCCGCUCACUCGGCAGCGCGAGUACCAGGAAAAAGAGAUCCAGCGGCUCAACAAGGCUCUGGAGGAGGCACUGAGUAUCCAAGCCCCCCCAUCAUCUCCACCAACAGCAUUUGGGAGCCCAGAAGGAGCAGGGGGCCUCCUAAGGAAACAGGAGCUGGUCACACAGAACGAGUUGCUGAAACAGCAGGUGAAGAUCUUUGAGGAGGACUUCCAGAGGGAGCGCAGCGACCGUGAGCGCAUGAAUGAGGAGAAGGAGGAGCUGAAGAAGCAAGUGGAGAAGCUGCAGGCCCAGGUCACCCUGUCGAAUGCCCAGCUAAAAGCGUUCAAAGAUGAGGAGAAGGCAAGAGAAGCCCUCAGACAGCAGAAGAGGAAAGCAAAGGCCUCUGGAGAGCGCUACCAUGUGGAGCCCCACCCGGAACACCUCUGCGGUGCCUACCCUUACGCCUACCCGCCCAUGCCAGCCAUGGUACCACACCACGGCUUCGAGGAUUGGUCCCAGAUCCGCUACCCCCCUCCCCCUAUGGCCAUGGAGCACCCGCCCCCACUCCCCAAUUCGCGCCUCUUCCAUCUGCCGGAAUACACCUGGCGUCUACCUUGUGGAGGGAUUCGAAAUCCAAAUCAGAGCUCGCAAGCGAUGGACCCUCCCACAGCCAGGCCUGCAGAACCAGAGUCUGCAAAAAAUGACCGUGAGGGGCCUCAGUGAGACCAGAUUGUGUCAUUUGGCUCCACCUUCAUCUUGCAGAGCCAGCUGACCUCAGAUGGCCGAAAAACUAGAAGUCACGUGCACAAUGUGGCCAGAGCCUCAACUGGAUGAGAGGCUGAGAUGGGUGGCCAGCUUGUACCCCAGUCCCUGAACUGAGCUGUUUACAAGACUAGGGAGGCUCCACCCAGAAGGCUUUCAUUCGCACUCUGCUGGGAGUGACUGGGAAAAACUCACUACCCUGCUCCUGAGUGAAGAGAGACCUCAUCCAGCUUUGACCUGCCAUCCAUUGCAGAAGCCUCCAGGAGCAGCAAUCCUAAGAGUGGGGUGCAGCCAAGACCCCCUUCCUUCACAACAUCACAGAAGUGGCUUCAGGCCCUCUGGGUGCCGUGACCAAUUUGUGUGUGUGUUUAUUUUUUGCUUCAAGCUCUGUAGCAGGACUGUCCCACGCACAGCCCUACCCCUCUGCGACGAGCCGUGAGAAGUGUGGGUUUGUCUCCGGAGCAGAAGAAAACGACGGAUGUUCUGGCUCUGGGGCCCUCUCCACCUCCACUCACCGUAGCCUCGCUGAAGCCAUCACAGAUGGGAGAAGGCCAUGCCAGCCACGUCUGCUGAGGGGCCCCAGCCUGAAGCUGCCAGGCUCUGAGGUUCAGACCCUUGACCCUGCAGCUGGAGGCCUGUGGUGCCAGAAGCCCGGAUUAGGGUGGCUGUCCAUUCCUGGAUAGCUAUUUGCACGAAUCAUGGACAUAAAUCCAAGUUGAAGA